AUGGAUGAAAAUUCGUAUCGCCGUGUAAUGUCGAGAAACUUGGACGAAUUUGGACUGAACCAGAAUAACAGAUCGGCAAAUAAUAAUACAAAUCAAUCGACAAAUUUUAACUCUAAAUCUUCUAGUAUAUAUAGUGAUGACGACUACGGAAGGAAAAAGAGCAACAUUAACCUGAAACAAAUUAAAGCAGUUGGCCUAAAUUGCGCCAAAAAUUUGACAAAUAAACUGAUAAACCUAUCGAACUCAGUGACAGGAAAUAGCAGCAGUAGCACAAACAGGAACUAUAACACGCAGAACAUAUACUCGACCUCAGCAGGGAACAAAAAGUACAGCUGUAGCAGCAGAGAAGUGUACGUGAUAAACUCGUCAGGCAAUAGCCAGAGUCACGUAUCAAACGUGAGUGGCAACUACGGAGCCAACGAGUAUGGUGGUUCGACAACCACAAGAGGGUAUGGAACGGCGAGCCACCCGCAAAGUCAUCCCAGCCAAGGGCCAAGCUCGAACACAAACGUAGUGGACAACAGAGCAUACACGCUGAGAUGCAUCGCCGACAGAAUUGCAACGACGAACGACCUGAUAAAGAACCACAGAGAGCUCGUGGCGGUGAUAGAAAGGUGUCUGACGCACUCAGACUUGUUGGUGGAAAUCAGGAUCGAAAAGGACCGCUUCGGAGCCCCGACGCAGGAGUCGAUCAACAAGUUCUCACUCAUCAACAAGGUGCUCACAGAAAAAAUCCUGACGUACAUCAAGGGGAGGAGGGACUGCUGCAUAUUCGUGGUCAAGUUUGCAACGUGGAGAAUGAGGACGACGAAGAAGCCGGAGGAGGUGAUCCUGUCCCUGGAGCUGAUUCAGCAGUGCAUGAACGACAUGGGCGGGUACUUCCUGGGCCUGUUCACGAAGAGUCUGAUGAAGACGUUGCGCAAGCUGCUCUUCGCAACAAACCUGAAGCACUCGAUCACCUCAGGAGUGAAGAAGAGGAUCACCAAGUUUCUAGGUACGGUUUAG